UGUUGCAGCCUAUAUUAUAGCAACCAAUAAAAGUCAACUAUUUUCUGCGCUGUGAGCUCAUUUGCUGAAUUCAAGAAUUGUGAGCAAAUGAAACCGUGGCAGGAACUGGCCGCUGACCAAAGGUUUUGUCUUGCCUAAUUCAGACUUGUUGUCGUUUGCACUUUGUGUCAGCUGGCUUGUAGAUCCACAGGGACAUUUGUUUCAAUGCUACGGGAUCCCUGUAACACAGAGAAACCUUCUUCGUGUUUUUGACAGUGAAAAAUGGACAAAGAAUCUGGCCUGAUUCUGUUCCUGGUGCUGCUUCUCUGUCACAAAGGCAACACACAGUCACACAACUCUUGUCCAUACACUUGCCAGUGUUUCACUUCAGUCCAAAUACUGUGUGCUGAUGAACGGAUGACAUCUUUACCCAUGAACACGUCCAGGCAGGUUAAGGACUUCAUUGUAAUUAAAUCAGCCGUGGCGUACCUGUUCCCCCGCACUUUAGAGGAGAGCCCCCAACUGGCCAAGCUUAUCUUCCUAAAUAAUGCACUGCGAAGUGUUAACUCUCAGGCUUUUGAGCAUCUGACUGAGCUGCAGGAGUUGGAAAUCAGUGGGAACCCCUGGUUGGAACAUUUAUAUUUGGGGACUUUUUCAAAGCAGGGAAACUUGACUAAACUGCUGCUUAACUUCAACAGGUUCAAGACUGUGCUUCCUGGCAUGUUUGACUCUCUCAAACAGCUUGAAACACUGCAGUUGAAGGGCAACAUCAUAUCAGAUCUGCCCCCAUUUCUUUUGCUAAACCUCCACAAUCUGCGUGUCCUGGAUUUGUCCCAAAAUAAGCUCGAAGACGUAAAAGGGGAAACUUUUUCUGGUCCAACGAGACUGGAGAUCCUGAAAAUUAACAACAACCUCAUCAGCAAUCUUACAUCUGACACGUUCCACAAUAUUUCUCAGCUGAUAGAGCUUCAUUUGGAGGGGAAUAAGAUAUCAAAACUUGUUGACAAUAUCUUCUUUGUGUUAACCGAGCUGAAGGUGCUGAACCUCCGUGGAAAUCUUCUCACAACCUUCAGCGAUAAAGUGUUUGGAUUCGAGGCCUCAAAUUUGAAGGAGCUGAACCUAAAGGGCAACAGAUUGACUGAGCUGUCUUCUCUAAGCAGUUUGACGUCUCUUACCGACCUAAUCUUGUGCUCUAACGAGCUCUCUGACCUUCCUGAGGACCUUUUUAGAAAUGUUACAGCCCUGGAGAAUGUGGACCUGUCUGAAAACCAGCUCACCCUGCUGCCCGCAACGAUCUUUAAUGAUCUAUUUAGAAUCAAGGCCAUUCACCUACAUAAGAACAACCUGAGCAAGGUGGACGCCAAACUGUUUGAGGACCAGGUGCUCAUUCAGCAGCUCUACCUGUCUGACAACCAGCUGGAAACUCUCCCAUUGGGCCUUUUAGACCCCUUUGUCCUCCAGCACACAGUCAGACUGCACGGGAACCCCUGGAAAUGUGACUGCCACAUGUGGUACCUGCAUGACUGGGUGUUGAGAAACAACCAAGACGUAGAGAUGGUUGACAGGAUGUUCUGCGCGAGCCCCAGUUUUUUGAGAAGACGGCCAGUCGUCUCCAUCGACAAGGACCAGCUGGUGUGUCAGGUGUCUAAAGAUGACACGCCUGAUCUCAGCAGCUGCAGCUUACAAUUGUCAAAUGACACUGUGAUCAUCAAUUGUAAAGUGGAUAAAUGCUCUCCACUCACUGUUAAGGUACAGUUUCAGGAGGAUGACCGCAACGUUACAGAGCAUAUUUUGAAAAAUGAGCCUCAAUGUAGCAAUGAGACAAUGAUUGAGAUCCCUGUUCAGUAGUUUUUUCUCUUAAUCAGACUUUGUUCUCUGUGCAAAUACGUUCUCUACAUUUGG